AAUUGCUUUGAUCGCAGCUGUAUCUGGCAGGGAGUCCUCCGAUUUCUGUUUCCCUGGCGUCUGGAGAUAUUUCUCCUUCUCACAUUUAAUGGUAUGGAAAUAUUUCUUUGCUUGUGUACUAUAAGUACUGUCAAACACGAUUUAUUGACUUGAGCGAAACUAGAAUAGUUAGGGUGUUAACCACAGUGAAAGUUAUGGUUUCUUAAUUCGUGCUUGGCUUAAGCUUAUUAGUUAGCAGGUUAAUUUGAUGCAGUCUCUCUUCCCGAGAGUUAUUUUUCUUUUGCUGGAGUGAACAAGCAGAAAUCUGUCAUGCAUGAUUAUCCAAGGGCAGGAAUCCCCUAUUUAGCUAAGGAACCUAAGCAGAUAUUUCCAAUUUACGUCAAAUCCUUCUACUCCUGCAAAGCUGACAUCCUAAGAUUACCUAAACAUAAGAGUUAAAUUCGAGAGCAUAAAUAAUUUAUUAUGGAAGGAAUUUUAGCUUUAUUACAUUGUAUCUAUUCGUUAUUAUAAGGAACUGAUCUCCUCUAUUUCUUGACCUGGUCCGUGUUAAUAUUUGGUAAACUCUGGUGAUAUAGAAGUAAUAUCGCACAUGCAAAUAAUCAUGCUUUAGCGAAUAAAUUUAAUUUGGAUUAGAGUCUUGUUCAGUAGGAGUAAUCCGGCUAUAAACAAUGGCUUGCAGUGGGAAGGGAAUGCAAUUUAAAUAUAUUGUGUUUAUCAAAGCUGUAUAUAUUUAAUGUAUUUAAAUCAUCACAUUGAUUGAAUAGUUUCUUCCGUUCUUCCAUGCCUUUUACAGAUCCUAGAUGGCAAGCUUUUAUUGUCUGUGUAGAGAAUUUUGUGAAAGCAAGGGGGUUUGGAAUAUGUGUAAUUACUAACUCGAAAAUCCAUGAAAAAAGCAAAAACAUGCAGCCAUUUGUACUUUUUGCAUGUAAACACUUCCGGUUGGUAAAUAAACCAUCCCAGAUCAGUCUACGUGGAGUUUUACUGUCUGUACUGAUUGAUACAGUCUGUCAUUCGUCAAGAAUAAUUAAGGUAGGGGAGGGGGGCUUAAUAGUAAGGGCGGGCUUAUUAACUUUCUUCCCCUGAAAGGCGGGGCUUAUUAGAGGGAGGGGGCUUAUUUUAGAGGGGCCGGGCCUUAUAGAAGAUGUAUAGUAAAAAAUUUAUUUUUUAUUAUUAUUGCACCAAAUGGUUUUCCUAAUGUUAUUGUUAGACCUUAUUUACUAUAACUAUUGAGGCACAUACCUGUUUAUCAUUAUGGGAAAAAGCUGGAAGCCAGGUCACAGCAAUGAUAUGAUUUAUAACCUGCAUAGCAGGCAUUAUUUUGCUGAAAGUGGAGGAGAUAAAGUCAAAUGCAAAGUGAGAGAGGCAAGUGCAGACCCAGAGAAGAGGGUUAAACAUUUUUUUCCUGAAAGCAGUCUAUUGACUGUCGACUGAUGUUCCUCUACCUCCUACUUAUGUUCACCAUCAACAUUAACCAAGUUAACCAAUAAAACUGCUUUCAAUCAGUAACGUGUCUUCAAACUAACCCUUAUUGUAGUUUAUCUCCUUUAUCACAAGAAAGAGCAUGAAAGAUGUUGUUGCUUUUAAGUGAAAGUUUACCUACUCAAAAAAUGUGUGUUUCUCAUAGUGAGUUUGACCAGCAGGCCAUCCUGAAGAAGUAAGACUGCACAGUAGACUGUUUCAAGUAUUUGUUUUUCUCACCCUCAUCUCAGGCUCUGUGCUCGUCUUGCACUUUGCAGUCAACUACUUUACACUUACGUUAACACAAUUGCCCCAGAAAUUUUGCCGAAAAACCCGUUUUGAAGCUAGUCAAGUGGUUUUCCGGUCACUGUGGUGCUAUAAAGAGCUAAAACUUACCAUAAAGCCAUUUACAGGUCAUAAACGUCACAGCUUUCUGAUCCAGAUGCAAAACAUUAGCUUGCAAAGUUCAGGCAUGUGCAAAAAGAAAAAUUUCAAUAUAAUUUUUUGGUUUUAAUGUGACACAGCAGUCUUGACUUUUCCUUUUUCACUUUCUCUUGUCCCCUCUUUUUUCACUUGUCUUGCCUAAUUUUUUAUUUCUUUUGCGGGGCAUUUAGUAGGCUUCAUUUUUAGGAUCUUAAAAAUAGAUGAAAGAAAAGGUAGGUGGGUAGUGGAACAAGAUUUUCAGGUCAAUGUUACUUGGUUUUUUGCUGUUUUCUCUGGUGUCCUUGGCUGAAUUGUGCUCAUUCUGGUAUGGUUUGAAAGAUCUCUUCACUCUGCACAAGUUAGUGGGCAAAGUUGUCCUUGACCAUUAAAACUGAUGAUGUCAGAAGCGGUAGAAGGGAUGUGGAUCUGCAUGGGCGGUUACGGGUGGCUCGCAGGCGAAUGGGUUAAUAGUGCUUGUUGUCACAAAGUUAGCUAUCUCCACGUUGAAAGUCACUGUCUUUGUAUAUCAAGAGGGUUUGUUAUCCUUUUUGGGGAUUCAUGUAAAGUAGAAAAAAUAAGUAAUAAUUUGUACACAUUGUACUUGAUUUAUAUACUUACAGGCAGCUCUCUCAAAUAUGCAUACUGCUGGUGCUGUCACUUAUUAGGGACUUUAAGCAAAUCACUAUGGCAACCUCUACUACGGCGGUCGUGGAUGGGGAUUCCAGGGGAGAGUACGUAACCGUAGCCCACAAAAUUUUAACUUUAAGCAACCGGUGUCCAAACAUUGACUACAGGGUUUCUCGCUCAUUUGCUUUCACACUUAGUGAAACACAGUGAAGACAUAAUUAGUGGUUAACCAGAAGCGUCAAAUACUCUGUUGAUAAAGUGAAAAAUAAUCUUUGAUAGGUAAAACCAGUGACUGUAAAUAAUAGGAGAAAAGUCAAAUUUUAUACUCACGUAGUAGCAACCACGCCACAAGACAGGUCUUCACAUUGUUGGAUUUAGUGCUACAGCGAAAGGUCAUUUCCAAGCUUGUGCACUGCAUCAUUUUUGGGCUUUUUUACUUCUGGCCACCAUAGUAGAGGUCACAGUAGCAAUUUGCUUAAAGUCCCUUUUAUAUGUCUCAAGGAGGUGUCUGUGCAUGGUCAUUGAGUCAAAGGAAAUGAUACAAGAACAGCACCAACCAACUCCUCUUUAGAGUGGGUAGUGUUCGUUAUGAAAGGGUUAACUCACAAGCCCAAUUCCUUACAUGAACUUUUGUCACCAAAAUUAAUUUAUGAGAAAUAAGUAUUUCAUAGAAUGCACAUUUAGCAAUCUCUACAGGUAGUUUACUAAAACAAUUUAGUUAAGUAGCUGCUCUUGGAUUUUGGAUUAUGAUCCAAUUUCUUGAAUAGUUCUGGAGAACAGAGGAAGCCAUUAUUAUCCAGUUAUGACCUAAGGGAUUUCUGAUGAUGAUAGUGGGCUUGCAUAGUGUAGCAGACUUCUCCUUCAAGUGGAAACUUGCUGCACUGUGGAAUUCCUCUUUAUCAUAAAUGAUGACUUGAAAGAUCCGAAAAAGCUAUGUCCUGGAAUAUCCUGAAGAUGCACAUCAGUGUCAUACAGGGACUCUGUCUUGUGUAGUGUAGUCUCAUAUUUAUCAGUGUAUAAUACAUACUUUAUGAUGUCGCCAAAGGAGACUACUUGGCGCUUCUCUUGGCGUUGUUAGACCUCUCAGGGAGGCCAUACUUUAACUCAGUAUGACAGCAUUUGUUAAUCCUUUUUAUACAGGUAUUUUUUAAUGCACAACCCAGGUGAUACCGUAUUUGUAGAAAUAUUAGCUUUCUGUUGGAACAUCAUAAGUGUGACCCAGAUCUGCAAUUUCUGACCUUAGAACAGUCCCCCUCUUCCCUCCCAGGUUUUAAGAAUCUAACAUUUGAUUCAGUGUAUGGUAUUAUUUUAUGUCACAUGCUGUUAGUCUCAUCUUAUUAUUACGUUUAUUUUUAUCUCCAGUUUGUUAGUGUUCUUCACAAUAUGAAAUAAAAUGGAAGAAGAUAUAACAAAUACUAGACUGGCUAUCAAAGAAUCACUAAAAAAGCUAGAUGAGUACACAUCCUAUCUCAGGUAUUUCCUUAGUAUUUUCGUAUGAGGUGACUGUUAGAUGACAAAUCAUAGAAAUCAAAACUUGCAUUUUGCAUUUGGCAUACAUUUUGGGGAUAUAUUAAACCUGAAAUAAGGGCAUUAUCACCAUCUUAUAUUUCCUCAUGUAGAUUAUACUUUUACAGUCAACUCUCUGUAAGAUGGAUGCCUUUAAGACCUGCACCACAUGUCCAUUUAGAGAGAUGACCGUCUUAUAGAGAGUCAGCUAAAAGGAGUAAAGAAGAGGCAGGGACCAACUCUAGGUGUCUGUUUUUAAUUAGCAAGGUAUCCAUUAAGAGGGAAAUGACUGUGCUAACAAAAUUUGUACUGUAUUUGGUAAAAAUGGGUCAGGCGGUGUAAGUGAUGUGCGCUGUUUUGUUCUCAGAUCAAGAUUAACAGACAUCAAAUCCACACGGGAUGGUGUCAAAAGUAGUAUUGGUAUUGCACACACCGAAGUUGAGGAGAAAUUUAAACACUUGAGGAAUGAGGUCGCACAGAUGCUAGACUGUCGGGAGAAGGCUAUUCUAACUACUAUUACUGAAAUAGAGAGGAAGGACCUUGAUCCUUUAAACAAUUUGGAAGACAAAAUCAACAGAGAGUUAGAUAAAACUGUUAAACUUUUAGAAAAAGGUAAGAGGCUGCUGACUAUCAUUAUUUAAUGGUUUUUAUUCAAUGAAUUUGCAAUACAGGCAUUACUUUUUAUCGACAAAAAAACAACUGCCAUUCCCUUUUUACUUUUCACUUUAUAGUCUGGCCACAGGGACAAUUAGUAACUGCCAGCAGCAAAAUCUGAAAAUGAAUAUCAAUAUUGAAAUAAGAUCAUUUUCACAGACAUAUCUAUAAAUUCUUUGAUGUCUGUUCUCUUUGCCACAAAUUUUGCUAAGGUAAGUGCCUUUGCUAGAGCACUUGCCAGCUAUGUACUAGACACUUCUUGUUUUACCACGAAGUCUUUAAAAAUAAUAGAAAAUAUCACAGGAAAAGGGAGAGGCGUGGUCCCCUCGACCCCACCCUUAAAUCAGCCUGUGAUGGCUGCAGCAGGAGAAGUUUUUUUGGAGUGUAAACCUGUAUGAUCAAAAAUAAGCAUCUUGGUUAAUUCUGUUCCAGUUUAAAAACGGAGCUAGUAACAUCUUUGCUUUUAUCUUUCUACUUAUCGCUACUUUUGAUUAUGCAGACAGGUAGAAAAGUUAAAAGCCAGGAAAAAGUUGCAUUCAGAUGUUAUGCACAUUUUCUUUUUCUCUUGUCUCAGGAAAUUCCUCCUUGGAUAAGGAUGACACAGUUCUUCGUAGUGAAAGAAAGAACUUGCAAAAUGAGCUGCAAAUCUCUCCCAUGAGGUAUUUAUAGUACAUUUUGUUAACGAAGCUUAAUAUUUUUCCCCUCAAGCACUACUCUUGUAAUUUAGUCAAAAUAUUUGAGAAAGGGAAUUAAUUAAAAAACAAUAGUAUUAUUGACCAAGUUGUCUGGAAUACGUAUGACUACCAUCUAAAAAACAACUGCAUUUGGAUACACAUUUACUGCAUGUCCCCCUCCCCCGCCCCCAAAAAAGGAAAACCCUCAUACCUUCAUACAAUGGCUGUAAUUGAGUCCUCUUAAAUUCCUGGUCUGGCUUUAAAGAGCACUUUCCUGUUAAGUGGCUACUGUAUCAAUUUUUACAGCACUGUUCAUUGCACAUGAUCAUAAUCAUAAUCAUCUCGUAAGAGAUGUACAGUACAAAUACCACCAGGUUUCUCAAAAUGUUUAAUGGCACUGGACAGACUAAAAGAUUAGGCAGCAAGGCCCAGAGUGGGGACCUGGUGGGGGGUGGGGGGCAGUGUGGUUUGCACAGGUCUUAACCAAGGAAAGUUUUAAAAAAUUUUGAAAGUGACAGCUAAACCUAAGGUCUUGGAAAACUUAAAAAGGUCAAAUGAAGAGCUCAAAUGAGUAUGAUCCCGGGAGGGGCAGGGGGGGUACUCCCUGUAAUGAAGUAUAUCAAAGGGCAAGGAAACCUGUCAUUUUGGUCUGUAAAAAGGCCCAAAAGGCCAACAGAUGCUUUUUUGGUUGUGGGAAAGUCAAGAAAACGUUUUGGUUUUCUAAUUUAUUUAAGACAGUGCAUUUGCAAUGUUAAAUAGGAUGCAAAGCUCUAAACAAGGUAAAUGAAAGGGGUACCAUUUCUUUUCUGUCACAAAUGGUAUAUAAAAGGGUGAGUGGUUGGACCUCAGGGCAGAGCAUCCCAUAUAAGCCUUCUUUGAGUACUCCCCUCCUCGCAAGUGUGGACUAUCUAAUUCAUGAUACACUUGGAAAUAAAAUGCCAAAGACAAAAAAUUGGCCUUAAAUUUCACAUGGGUUCCCCAGGCCUUUAAUAGUAAUAACAUCCUUUCAAACCCAUCUUAGGUAUCCUGAUGCACCAUGCAUAUCUCAAACACUGUCUGUCACGUUCAGUGACAGUCACACCCAGUCACUAAGAGAUGCUGUCAGUUUAAUUGGAGAAGUGUCCAUGACUGGUUCACUUCAAAUAGCAGAGCUGGUGGAACAACCUGGAGCUAUUCUUGUUCAGUGGUAUGAUGAGGUAUGUGUGGUUCCACCUUGGAAAGAUUAUUAAAUGUGGUUUGUUGUAAAUGAAGAGCUUCCCUCUGCAUGUGCUACCAAUUAAAUCGUUCAUUACUAUUUUAUAAUCAUAAUGAAGUUCCAAGAGUGCAACGUUUUCUUAAUAACUAGGUUAAUAUAAUAAUGAUUAUCAUAGUAAUGAUAACAAUAAUAAUAAUAAUAAAUGAAUGAAUGAAUGAAUCAAUAUAAUGUGAAUAUAAUAUUAUUAUAUUCACUGUAGACAUGUUCAGAUAGUGAGUCAAUAACAGAUUAUAGUGGAGUCCAGGAAUACAUGCUUCAGUAUUGCCGCACAAACAACAAAGGCAACAGUGAUUCAGUAUUCAGUACUGUGUACUGCGGAGAGGAGUCAUCGCAUCUAGUGACAGACCUGGAGCCACAUGUGUCAUAUACUUUUCGUGUCUGUGGAAGAUUUGGCAGUGAAGCAAAGUGGGGAUCAUGGAGCAUUCCAAGAAAUGGAAUAACAACACUUGAUCAGCAUGGUAAUGAUUGCAAUGAUUUGUGACCGUAUGGCACUGUUGUCAUUAAUUUGAUUUACUAUUUUCUGUGGCAUUUUGUAAUAAGAGUUGCAGCAAUAUGUCAUAAUUACUUCUACGCAUUUGGUAGUAAUGGUUGCGGCAUUUCAUAAUAAUCAUUGGUCUACCCAAAAUGCGUUGUUAUUGCAAAAUGCCACAGAACAGUUCUAACUGCUCAGUUUUUCUGUGAGAAUGUUGUGCACAUUACUGUUAUUCUUUCAGUUUUAUUUAAAUCUGCCUCUUAAUUAUUCUUAAGUAUAAAUGUACAUUUUUCUAAAAUAAUCACUAAUCUUAUACUGUGUUGUUGUCGAGUUAAGGACAGUAAGGUUAAUGAUGAUAUACUAUUUUUGUUUAACUCUAAAAGGCCCUUACCAAAAAUCAGAACUGACCAGGUGCAUUGGCCAUUUCGAAAAUGAAAUAUUUGGCUUUUCUCGGAAUUUUCGCUAAAGCCUAUCUGUACCUGACAGUCUGUUAAGGAAUAGACCAAUUUGACUGCAGGAUAGUCCUGGAUUCUUUAGCUUAUAACUGUACUGAUCUGCAGGCCAGGCUGAGUUCUAAUGAAUGGUAAAUGCCCCAACAAGAGUCUCUUCAAGGGAAGGAAAGGUGAUGUUCGUUUAUAAAACAUAAUGCGUCAGAGAGAAAAAAAUGGUGCUGGGAAAAGUCUGUUUGGUCUAAAGAGGAUGGAAUACACAAUCAUUCAAAAACUGCAUUUUGCAGACUUGUUUGACUACUGUUGACUGUGUUUGAGUUCCUGUUUAUAUGGAGAAAAGUUCUUCCCAGCCAAAUCAACUUUAGCGAGUAUUCAUUAAAAAAAGGUGACCCCUUCGCUCGGAGCCAAGAGCUGGCAACAGUGCUUGUGCAUGCGUCUAAUUGUCUUGCCUUGACUGGGUGAGCCAAAGUGUUUAUGGUGAGAAAAGUUGGCCCUGGUAGGAGGGUAAGCCUACCAUCACAAGCCAACUUUUUGUUUCUCUUGCAAACGGUUUGACACGUUUUGUAAGGACAGUAAUGUAUGAAAAGUUGGCUUGCCCAGGAUAGCUUAGGUAGGCAGGUGACACUUCUACCUAAGACAACUUUUCCCCAUACAAACCAGGGGCCUGACUGUUGACUCAAUUUUGCUUGUCUACUGUUCUUCUUGUUUUGUAUGUAACUGCCUUUCUUUGUUCCAGAAUGGUCAGCUGAUGACUGCUUCAAUCAAAAUAAACUUGCUGUGUACCAGCUGAGCAACAGGCGUAAGACUGCAACAAAAGUUUUUCCAGACUGCUCCAAAGUGCUGCGGUCAAAGACAAUGAGUUACAGACUCGAUACCACGCUAGCUUUCAAGAUCGACGAAACGGGUGACCCAAGUAAUGGAGAUGGCAUUGGUCUUACGACUUCAUCUUUUGAUUUUAGCAAUGCAAAGCAAGUUUUACAGUGCCCUGGCUCUGUUAGUAUCAAUUCCAAAGGGGUCGUAUAUGUCAAUGGAUCGUCAAUGACAACUAGAUUGCCUCAGUUCAAGCGAGACUCCCUUGUCAUGUUUGAAGCCGGUAGAGUUUCCAAAGACAAGCUACGGGUGUCAAUUACUGUGGAUGAUAAACGAGUGACGUUUGAUUGGCAGGUGGACAGUGAUGGGGACGGAUUUUACUUUGCAAUGGGAUUUCAACAUUCAGGUUGGCAAGUCUCUGUCUAACAUCCUAGACCAGUGCAGAGGGGACAAUAUAGAAGUGAUAUUUUAUGCCAAGGAAUUUUAUUUUCAGUCCCAUUUUAUGACAAAAGUGAUACAUAUAGACAACUGAAUGCAAACAGAACAAGGCGAUCUUAUCUUUGCUACAGUUGAAGGAUAAUCAAGACUGGGGACAUUACAGUACUUAACGUCAAGAGAUACACAAAGCCCUUAUUUCUGUUGCUUAAACACAUUAUAACGUGUAACUUGCUACAGUACCUUGUGCAGGCUUGCCUUUACGUUGUCAGUCAGCAAUGGAUUUAUUAGAAGACAGGAGAUGGCUGAUCAGAUUUGAUUUACCUCAUAACAAACACUAAAUUUAUGGCCAAUAUUAGUCCAAAGCAAAACACUUCCAUGUAAGUCUAAAAAGUCCGUCCGAUAACUUCUUUUAAAGAAUUUUGCUAUUCUUUUCUUUUUUUAUAUACACAUAACUCUUUACUAAUUUAGAAAUCAAAUCAUUUUACUUGCGAAUUUGCCAUAUAUUACUAUGAAUAGUGAUCACGGCGGCAACGAAAACGUGAAAAAAAAAUCACAAACAGCAACAAGUUUGUACGUGCAUUUCUACGUUCUUUGUUACCUUUCUUUGCCGUUUUCUGAACUACAGCGACGGGAAAUUUCAUAGUGCAUCGUUUUAGGUAGAACGUGAAGAGGCGGACAAGCUUUUUUCCCCUGAAUUUGGACGCGAGCCAUAACAAUUCAGCUUCAAAAAAAUUCAGCGAUAUUUGCUUGGAGAGACUGAGCGAGUUAGAGUAAUCAUACUGAUGUUUAAAGAACGCGAUGUCGCUUUAUUAGUGACGUUCUCGUUGCCACCUUUAUUGUGGAUGCAUAGGCUCCCUUAACAUGGUAUAUUUGAAGGAAUGAAAUAUCAGUCGAUCUUAUUCUCUAAUUUUUGGUUUCUAUGCAUUGCAAAGUUAUAUUCAUCUAUCAUUUUCUAAUCUUUCUGAUCUUAAUGCAAAGUAGUGCUCAUAAAAAUCAGCUACAUUCAAGAUAAAACAAAAAUGGAAGUUGAAAAGAUUUUAUUCUGUGUCGAUGCAAAAGAUGUAAAACAGUUAACUUAUACAGUUUUUAAUGUAAGAAAAUAUUAAGAAACUCCCAUCUUUUUCGUGAUACAGUAGCUUCAAUUUAAAUGAUGGAAAAUUUUCGUGCAAUAACUAUGGUUAUAUUUAGUCAAAGGCACGACUUUUAUUUUUUCUUGUGAGCCAAAUACCCCCGAAACAUGCGACAACAUUAGAGAGAUUUAGGUUGUUUACCAUUUACAUUGGCGAACGGGUCGGUUUAUGGUUUGAGCAAAUGGUGUGAAAAGUUCACGACUGGUAAAUUUCAUGCGGAAUCGUGUGUACCAUUUGCACAAAUCACUUCC